UGUGUACUGAAAAUAUCAGCACGUGAAACUUCUACGCUUAAAAAGUUAAAAGACUCAAUAAUAUUUGCGCCCAUUGCCAGUUAGUCGAGCCACUGGCCUACGUCGAGAUGGGAUAAAAGUACAAGAAAGAUGGGUGAAGAGGAAAACAGUCCAAAGGUGUUGGUAAAGAAGUUCUAUGCAUUGCAAGAAGAGAGGGUCCAAACUUAUAACUGGUUUGAAGAUGGUUUUACGGCUUACCUCAAAGGCGCACCUAAUUACAACUUCCCUAUGUAUAGAAAUCUUGUGAAUGAGAUAACAAAAGCUUUCCAAGGAGUAUCUCAGGAAAUUAUCUGCAUAGAGAAGAAACUGACAGAGUCAUAUCAGUUGCCUAUGCUGUCAUCACUCAUCAGAAAGAUUCAAGAGGUGGAAAAGAAAAAGCUGGAAGUGACAGCACAGUUACAGAUUGCACGGCAGAACGAGAUAGAUCAGCCUACAUCAGACUAUUCUGAAGAAGCUCAAGAACUUAAACAAAAGAUUGCAGAGUCAAUAGAGAGUAUCAAUGAGCUGAUGGAGGAGUUGAAGUACGAAUCGGAAGAUCUUUAUAACACUGACAAUGGAGCUGAUGAAGACGGCUAAUAACUGCCAUACUGUCAAGUGUCACUAGGAAUCAACCUCUCCAGGCUUCAGGAUGUUUUGGAUGAAGAGGAAACCAAUGAAAAUGGUUGCAGCCAUCUGAUACAGAACACAAAAAAAGAGUUUUUUUUUUUUAUUAAAAAAAAAAGUUCUUGGGGGAGAUGAAUGUUGCUGGUAUGUCACAAGCGUCAUACACAGAAAAAAUACAUUGCUUAGAGUUUGGUUUGUUGUCUUUCUUCCUUAGAAGAAAGUGAGGUGAUAAUCAAUCCUACAGGAAGACUUGAUACCAGUAUAGUUCCUACAUGAAAGUUGCAAGUGACAGACUGAAUGUAGGAUAUCUAGUGUGUAUCGCACAGUACAAUGCUGUGGAGUCUCAUUCAGGUGUAACAGUAUGUUAUAUUAGGAAAGUAAGUACUACAAGUGGCUUCAGCUUCGCCCAAGGUGUAGAUCUAGAUGUAAAACCCAUUGCAUAGAGGUAGAAAAAUAGAAUAAAAA